UGCGCGCCCUGUCUCGAUCACGCUCCCCCCAGCUGAGUCUGCGGAAGUGGAAGGAUGUGCAGACUCAGAGCUGCCUGAAUGGUUCCGUAAGGAAUGAGAGACCACAAGUCGCGGUUUGAUCUUCAGCAGCCCUGAUUCAUUUUGAGCCUCGUCUUGCACCCCUACCCCACUCCUUACCUCCACGUCAGCAUUACUCAUUUCCUACACGAAGUGCUGCUGUGGCAUCAGUAUAUCCUGUCAUAGCUGGAGAAGCUGGUGUGGCUGCUGUCCCUCCCUGAUGCCUGUUUCUCCAGGCUAUGCACGUCUUAAACAAAAUGAUCCUAUGAACUCUCUGCGCAUCUCUGUUGGAGGGCUCCCAAUGCUGGCAUCCAUGACCAACACCACCGACUCCCGCUUCCGCAUCAAAUGGAAAGCCAUUUUGGUGGUAGCGUCAGCGCUAACCCUCGUCCUCCUCUUCUACAUGCAGUUUCUGCGCUUUCACCCCCAACCCAGAGGCAAACAUGGUUUGAGGUUAAGUCAUCAGGGGGUGAGAUUGGAGGGCCGCUACAAUGACACAUACCCCCUCAGUCCACCAGAGCGCACAGAACAGGGCACACGCUACCGAAUAGGUGUCAUCGCGGACCUAGACACAAACUCACUCAGCGAAAAGAAGCUGACCUGGUUUAGCUACAUGCUGAAGGGUCACCUCCUGUUGUCGGAGAGUGGGGAUACAGUGGUGGUUGAAUGGGAUCAGGACAGGGUGAUCUUGGAAAGUCACCUGGCAGAGAAAGGUCGGGGCAUGGAACUCUCCGAAUUAGUGGUGUUUAAUGGCAAACUGUACAGUGUGGAUGAUCGUACGGGAGUUGUAUAUAAUAUAGAUGGACUUAAAGCAGUUCCCUGGGUCAUAUUGCCAGAUGGGGAUGGCUCGGUUUCAAAAGGGUUUAAGGCUGAGUGGCUUGCAGUAAAGGAUGAGCACCUAUAUGUUGGGGGUUUGGGGAAGGAGUGGACCACCACCAGUGGGAAAGUGCUGAAUGAAAAUCCUGAAUGGGUAAAAGUUGUGGGAUUCCAUGGAGAUGUACAGCACCAGAACUGGGUUCCUAAGUAUAAUGCUCUCCGCAGCGCUGCAGGCAUCAGCCCCCCUGGGUACCUCAUACAUGAGUCUGCAGCUUGGAGCGACACAUUACAACGCUGGUUCUUCUUGCCACGACGUGCUAGCAGCGAUCGAUACGAGGAGACAGCAGAUGAGCGACGGGGCACUAAUCUAAUGCUCAGUUGCUCACCAGACUUCCAAGACAUUAAAGUGAGAAACAUUGGGCCCUUGAACCCUACGCAUGGCUUUUCUUCCUUUAAGUUUGUCCCCAACACAGAUGAUCAGAUUAUUGUUGCUCUAAAGUCUGAGGAGGACGCAGGGAAAGUUGCCACUUACAUUGUGGCGUUCACGCUGGAUGGCCGAAUCCUUCUUCCUGAAACUAAGAUUGGCGACGUGAAGUAUGAGGGACUUGAAUUCAUUUAGUGUCGAAGGGAUUGCAUGAAGGUAAAUACAUGCCAAGGACUGGUGAAUACCUUCUUCUAGAUGAUGUACAUCUAGAUGUAGACAUUGAGGUGUCUUUAUGUUGAAAUAGUUGAAUGAUGUUCAAAUAAUGCCAACUGGCUAUUGGCAGCCAUUGCCUAAAAUGUGAUUGUGAUUAUAGAGACUAAAGGAACUAGUACACAUUGAGCCUUUAUUUUAAAAGACUUAGCAGAGCCUUCAUCGUUUAAAUUUCUUUAUUGCCAUUUUCAACUAUCACCAUGUGUUUUCAAGCCAGUACUGUACUUACCAUGUAAUGAAUGUAACUGAGUGAAUGAAGUGAAGUUAUAGACUAUAGUACAUGCAUAAAAUAGUUUACUGUAAACAGAUUAUUGCAGUUGCCAUAUAGUUUUGUUGAAUGUCUUUUUUUAAGUUGUUUUUGUUUUGUUUGUUUGUUUGUUUUUCAUUCUUGAUCAGUGUCUUUAACAGAUUGGAUACUUUUAAAAAAUAACUGGAAAUAACUGAACUGUCAAAAAUAUCUACUUUAUUCUUCAUUGAUGCACCAGAGCUAUUUAUUUGUUGUUGCUGUUUUGUUUUUUUCUGAAAACAACGGAUUGAAGAUUUUUAAGAAAGAGUUUAGUGUACCUCAUACUUUUAUCCAGUUGUUUGAAUUAGUCAGUUUAUAUGGUUUUAGGGAUUUUGUUAAAAAAAUGUAAUAAAAACAAAAUUGAUCACAUUUGAUUUGAAUGCACAGGAUAUUCUGUGGUUGUAGAAAAUUGCAUUUAUUUAUUCAUAAUCAAUUAAUGGCAAAAUUUAAUAUUUGGGAUUUUCUAGGAGAUCUAGUUUUGGGAUCUUGACAUGUAAGCAAGCACUCAGAAUUUUUUCCAUAAGCAUUUUUGCACUCCUUGAGACACCCAGUGGUUAGUGUAUGUGAUAGACACCCCUCUGCACCAACCUUGAAGGAUCUACCUACUAUACAUACUAAUAGUAAAUAUAAUAUUUCAGUAAUAAGUACACGGCAAAAAUGCAUGUUAAAUUAGCUGAUUUUUAGUCCAAAUUCAAGAAUGUUAAAAGUAACUCUAAAGCAGUGUUGCAGUUGAUGAGAUAAUUGAGUGAUGAUUGACCAUUAUUGCAGACACCUUAUUGUAACAAGUGCAAUCAUUGAAGGAAAGAGUCACCAUUAUGGUGGUUAGUGUUUCAUUUACUUUAGUUAGAACAUUGACCAGGGCUUAAAGUUCUUAAGUUCUCCGGCAUAUGCCAUUUGGAUACGGGGUUUGGCUGCAUUUGGCACACUCAACCAAACUAUCUUACUAGCCAAUCAGAAGUUUUUGCUCUUAUAAACAGGAGACGCCUGUUAGCUGAUGAAUGGAAAAGAAGUCUGGCUCUCGAGUGUGAUGCAUUGAAAAAGCUGCGAGGCACAAUGGUCAAAAAAUUCCAUCUAGCAUCGUAUUUACAUAGAAAAGCUAUUUAAAAAGCAGCAGAGCUUUGUAAACAUCUCAGAUCAAUCGCGUCAUCUCCAUAAGAAUAAUAUGAUUGCCAGAAGGAAUUUACCAGGAUUUUUUUAAAUGGUCCUGUUCACACAUGAUCUCUUGAUGGUAAUUUAAAUGGAUUUGAAUGUUCAAUCACAUGAAACAUCACCAGGCUGUUGGUGCCCUCUGCAGGUAAUUGUUAUAAUAUAGGAAUAUUAUAUUGUGUAUUUAACAGUGUUGUUCAAUAAAACCAUUUACUUGGUUUUGAUACUUUA